GAGCGUGGUGGAGGAACGCGAGGAUUGCAAACGAGGAUGGCGACCACGCUGAUCGAUCCAGCGCCAAAGCUGCUGUCGAGUUGUUCGUAUAGCAGAGCAACGCGUUUUGCUUCCGUCCUUGUGCAUGAGCACGAAGAGCGUGAAUCUGCGACAACGGCGACCUUUGCACAUUGGCAGUUGUUUGCAGGAUGCAUGCGGAUGCCUGGCGUAUCGACAAACCUCAAGCCUCGUUUGUUGACUCAAUGAAAUGAUGGGCAGCAAGAUUCCGGAAACGGGCAAGUCUGGACGAAGCUCCCCGGCAUGGACUCCUUUCAUCGUUCGCGUACACGGGUGGGCCCCGGGUAUAUCUGAUAUGGUCCCGCAUCCCAUAAUCAAACGAAGGCGGAGCCGUCGGGGCUCGAAAGGGGUCCCAUGUGCUCUUCUCGAAGGAAGUGUCUACGUUGAACUAGGCUUGCGUCCGACGGAUAGGCGGUGUCGUCAUGUACGAUGUGCUUGUUGAUCCCCCGACUGACUGCAUAUCCCUUGCAAUUGGUCCAGCCCCUCGCCAAUAUUGAAUGUAUGGAUUAUGUC